AGCCGCCAUGUAACCGGCGCCGCCCGCUGCCCGAGCCUCACGGGGGCCCCAGAGACCCGCCCGUCAUGGGGGACGAGGAUGAGGACGAGGGCUGCGCGUUGGAGCUGCAGAUCACCGAAGCCAACCUAACCGGGCACGAGGAGAAGGUGAGCGUGGAAAACUUCGAGCUGCUCAAGGUGCUGGGCACGGGAGCCUACGGGAAAGUGUUCCUGGUGAGGAAGGCGGGCGGGCACGAUGCAGGGAAGCUGUAUGCCAUGAAGGUGCUACGCAAGGCAGCGUUGGUGCAGCGCGCCAAGACACAGGAGCACACGCGAACCGAGCGCUCGGUGCUGGAGCUGGUGCGCCAGGCGCCCUUCCUGGUCACACUGCACUAUGCCUUCCAGACGGAUGCCAAGCUGCACCUCAUCCUGGACUAUGUGAGUGGCGGCGAGAUGUUCACCCACCUCUACCAGCGCCAGUACUUCAAGGAGGCUGAGGUGCGGGUGUAUGGGGGCGAGAUCGUGCUGGCCUUGGAGCACCUGCACAAGCUGGGCAUCAUCUACAGAGACCUGAAGCUGGAGAAUGUGCUGCUGGACUCAGAGGGCCACAUUGUCCUCACGGACUUUGGACUGAGCAAGGAGUUCCUGACAGAGGAGAAAGAGCGGACCUUCUCUUUCUGUGGCACCAUUGAGUACAUGGCCCCGGAGAUCAUCCGCAGCAAGAUGGGGCACGGCAAGGCUGUGGACUGGUGGAGCCUGGGUAUCCUGCUUUUCGAGCUGCUCACGGGGGCGUCGCCCUUCACGCUGGAGGGUGAGCGGAACACGCAGGCCGAGGUGUCCCGACGGAUCCUGAAGUGCUCCCCUCCCUUCCCCCUCCGGAUUGGGCCUGUGGCUCAGGACCUGCUGCAGCGGCUCUUGUGUAAGGAUCCUAAGAAGAGGUUGGGCGCUGGUCCCCAGGGUGCACAGGAAGUCAAGAGCCAUCCCUUCUUCCAGGGUCUGGACUGGGCUGCUCUUGCUGCCAGGAAGAUCCCAGCCCCAUUCCGGCCUCAGAUCCGCUCAGAGCUGGAUGUGGGCAACUUUGCUGAGGAAUUCACUCGGCUGGAGCCUGUCUACUCUCCUGCUGGCAGUCCUCCACCUGGUGACCCUCGAAUCUUUCAGGGAUACUCGUUCGUGGCCCCGUCCAUCCUCUUCGACCGCAACAACGCGGUGAUGACUGACGUGCUGCAGGCGCCUGGUGCUGGGGACAGGCCCGGCCGGGCCGCGGUUGCCCGGAGCGCCAUGAUGCAGGACUCGCCCUUCUUCCAGCAGUAUGAGCUAGACCUGCGGGAGCCGGCGCUGGGCCAGGGUAGCUUCUCCGUGUGUCGCCGCUGUCGCCAGCGUCAGAGCGGCCAGGAGUUCGCAGUCAAGAUCCUCAGCCGCAGGCUGGAGGAGAACACGCAGCGCGAAGUGGCCGCCCUGCGGCUGUGCCAGUCGCACCCCAACGUGGUGAAUCUGCACGAGGUGCAUCAUGACCAGCUGCACACGUACCUGGUUCUGGAGCUGCUGCGGGGCGGGGAGCUCCUGGAGCACAUCCGGAAGAAGCGGCACUUCAGCGAGUCGGAGGCCAGCCAGAUCCUGCGCAGCCUCGUGUCGGCCGUGAGCUUCAUGCACGAGGAGGCGGGCGUGGUGCACCGUGACCUCAAACCCGAGAACAUCCUGUAUGCCGACGAUACGCCCGGGGCUCCGGUGAAGAUUAUCGACUUCGGGUUCGCGCGGCUGCGGCCGCAGAGCCCAGCGGGCCCCAUGCAGACGCCCUGCUUCACGCUGCAGUACGCGGCCCCGGAGCUGCUGGCGCAGCAGGGCUACGACGAGUCCUGCGACCUUUGGAGCCUGGGUGUCAUUCUGUACAUGAUGCUGUCGGGACAGGUCCCCUUCCAAGGGUCCUCAGGCCAGGGUGGACAGAGCCAGGCAGCCGAAAUCAUGUGCAAGAUCCGAGAGGGACGCUUCUCCCUGGAUGGGGAAGCCUGGCAGGGCGUGUCCGAAGAAGCGAAGGAGCUGGUCCGAGGGCUCCUCACCGUGGACCCGGCCAAGAGGCUGAAGCUCGAGGGGCUGCGGGGCAGCUCGUGGCUGCAGGACGGCAGCGCGCGCUCCUCGCCUCCGCUCCGCACGCCCGACGUGCUGGAAUCCUCCGGGCCCGCGGUGCGCUCGGGUCUCAACGCCACCUUCAUGGCGUUCAACCGCGGCAAGCGCGAGGGCUUCUUUCUGAAGAGCGUGGAGAACGCGCCGCUCGCUAAGCGCCGCAAGCAGAAGCUGCGGAGCGCCGCCGCCUCCCGUCGGGGCUCCCCGGCGCCGGCCAAGGGCCCCCCCCGCAGAGCCAACGGCCCCCUGUCCCCCUCCUAGCCCCCACCACUGUGAUCCCGCCUUCCUCAUAGGACUGUGACCUUCUGACAGCAGCUGCGCACAGAUCCCCAGGAAUUGCCCCCACCCCCACUCCCAGACAGAGCAGAAGUAUUUUUAUAAGCAAAGAUUUUUUUUUUUUAAUGUCUUACGGGAUAGUCAGGGUCGCUGGGAAGGAGGGGACUUGCGGAGGAGCAAGGAGGUUCUCAACGCUGCCUCAGGGGACAGAAGGUCUCUCUCAAGAGGGCUGCACCACUACUUGAAGGGCUCCUACCUUCAUCCCUAAGCACUUCCUUGUCACAGCGGAGCAAUGGGGGUUCCCUGUACUUCCCCCAGGCCUUACCCCUCGGAGGGGGAACCUCUCAAGAUGUCACUUUAUGGACUGUGUGCAAUUAUGUCCACCAAAGACCUGUGUUGGGGGAAUGAGAGAGAAAGACCCUGGGGGAACCCUCCCCCCCCCAUGAUACAUUUCUGCCUCACCUUAUGUCACUUGCUUCUUCCCUAUUGGGGUUAAGGAAGGAAGUAGACAAGCCCUAAAAGGUGGGGUUCCCUUUCUCAGCCCCCACUCCCCUUGACCACAGCUGCUCCUGGCUGAGGGUGAAACCCCUCCCUCAGCCCCUCCAGGCUGUGCCUUUGACUUUAAAAUAAGAGUCUACUCAGUGCUG